AUGGGUCAGCUGUUCAAUGCAGGGAGUGGAAUUGGAUUUAAUUCAGCAGAAAAUAAUGUUCUGGCACUGGGGCCAGAACACCUGCGUGUUCUGGAGGAGACCAAGCUCGUCUAUGUGUGCAAUGGCUUUGUCCUGGCUAGAGAUGGCCAAUGGGGCCCUGGUCCCCACCCCACUGACUAUAGCCAUUCAGCUGCCUCCUGCUGCUCGGAGCACUUGCCUGUUACUCUGUGUGUCAGCACACUCAACCCCUCUUCCUUGCUCCUCGGACAGCAUGUGAUGGGGUUCCUGAAGGCAUGUCAUGUCUGUGGUUCUCAGGAGGUGGCCCAGGCUGGUCCCAGAGAAGUGGGCAGGAAGGAUAUUUUCGCUUUUACUUCGGGCCGUUUCUUCUGGUCACUCUGCCACAGGAGAAUCAUCUACCAUUUGGUACAAGCAAAAAGCAAUCAGCAAUUGGACAGGAGAAGAGUGGCACUGAUGCAGAUUUCCAGCAACAAGUGCUUUGGGGGAUUGCAGAAAGUUUUUGAACAUGACAGUGUUGAAAUGAACUGCAAAAUGAAAUUUGCUGUCUACUUACCACCAAAGGCAGAAUCAGAAAAGUGCCCUGCACUGUAUUGGCUCUCAGGUUUAACUUGCACAGAACAAAAUUUUAUAUCAAAAUCUGGUUAUCAUCAAGCUGCUUCAGAACAUGGUCUUGUCAUUGCUCCAGAUACCAGCCCUCGUGGCUACAAUAGUAAAGGAGAAGAUGAGAGCUGGGACUUUGGCACUGGUGCUGGAUUUUAUGUUGAUACCACUGAAGAUCCUUGGAAAACCAACUACAGAAUGUACUCUUAUGUCAUGGAGGAACUUCCCCAACUCAUAAAUGCCAAUUUUCCAGUGGAAUCCCAAAGGAUGUCUAUUUUUGGCCACUCCAUGGGAGACCAUGGGGCUCUGAUCUGUGCUUUGAAAAAUCCUGGAAAAUACAAAUCUGUGUUAGCAUUUGCUCCAGUUUGCACCUGGGGCAAAAAAGCCUUUAGUGGAUAUUUGGGAACAGAUCAAAGUAAAUGGAAGGCUUAUGAUGCUACCUGUCUUGUGAAAUUCUAUCCAGGAUCUCAGCUGGACAUACUAAUUGAUCAAGGAAAAGAUGACCAGUUUCUUUUAGAUGGACAGUUACUCCCUGAUAACUUCAUAGCUGCCUGUACAGAAAAAAAAAUCCCCAUUGUUUUUCGAUUACAAGAGAGUUAUGAUCAUAGCUACUACUUCAUUGCAAUCUUUACUACUGACCACAUCAGACAUCAUGCUAAAUACCUGAAUGCAUGAAAAACUCCAAAUAAGAGAAUCUAUUCAGGAUUAUAAAAGUAAAAUGCAACUGUAUUGCUGAGCAAAA